AUGGCGGAGGAGACGGUGUGGUCCGACGUGGCCCAAAAGCAGGACCAGGAAAACCAGACGCUCAAGAAAAACGAUGUGCUGCUGGAUGUCAUCGAGGCUGACUUGAAUGCCUUGGAGGCCCAAAUGGAAAAGGCGGAGGUUCGAUACCAGCAAGCUCGCCAACGACUGACGAGGAAGCUUGAAGAGGGAGCAGAGAAGCCCACCGAAGCUAAGCACAGCCCUCACAUCCAGCCGUCCGAAGAUCAUCCGAUCGAUGAGGCUGAGGCUUUGCCACCAGCGGAUCACAAGCAUCAGCAUCACAAGCACCUCCAGCGGGAACCCAAGAAUGCCGGUGCUUUGCCAGACAAGGUUGUCUCUAGACAACGUUGGGUGGCUGCGCGCAACACCGAGAAGCGAGCGCGGGAGUCCGCCAAGAGGGCCCGGGAGAUGCUCCGCCACCGGCAGCGCGACCGCAAGAUGGAGGCCGGCUACGUGUCGCAGGAGGCCGAAGUCUCUGCGGCUCCCGCGACGCCGGCCCCUACUCCAGCAGCACCCUCCCCCGCUAGCCCAGAGACCGUGUUCGUUGGUGCCCAGCACCUGGCCGAGCGCCUAAGGUCAGUGCAUGAGCGUGAGACCUCAGCGGCAGACAAGAGGAUGGGGCUGCUGAAGGUGGUCACUUGUGGCCGGGAGAGCUACUACACCUUCAAGCCUGAAGAUGUGGUCUCGGACCUGAAGAAUCGCGGCUUGAUCGACGAGAAGUUGGCAACAGAGUUCACUACCCUCAUCAAAGAUGAGACGCUGAAGCCAACAUCGCACCAAGUUCCAUUCGAGGAGUGGCUGGACCGUGCCAAGAAAGUUAGCCACAUUGAGCGGCUGGAUGACGCCCAGAUGCACGCCGCGCACGCUGCAUCGACCCGCUAUGAGCAGGCAGUGGCUGCCAGCGGCAUUGACCACGCCACGCUGGAAGAGACGGAGCAGGCAGACUUCGACCUCAGCGUGAACGAGGCCGAGCGCUUUGAUGCCGAGCACAGUCACGACAAAUUCGAGUCCCACGGCAGCAAGAACGCGGGUGCUCUGCCAGACAAGGUAGUCUCCAGAGACCGGUGGGAGGCCAAGCGCAAUGAGGAGGAGCGUGCGCGAGAGCAUCAGAAGAAAGCCCGGGAUGUGGGCCGUAGCAACGCCCGGGAUGCCAAGUUGGAGGCUGCCGAGGUCUCAGUUCCAGCAUAA